AUGGAGGUCUCAUGGGAAAUGAGUGUCACAGAUUCAAUCAACACCAUUUAUCUUCUCUUCUCAGCCUACUUGGUCUUUGUAAUGCAGCUUGGCUUCGCCAUGCUAUGUGCAGGCUCAGUCAGAGCCAAGAACGCCACGAACAUAAUGCUGACCAACGUCGUCGACGCCGUCGUCGGCAGUCUUUCUUACUAUCUAUUUGGCUUUGCUUUCGCAUUCGGCGACGGAACAAAUUCAAACCCAUUUAUCGGUACCCAAUUUUUUGCUCUCAAAGACAUCCCUACGAGCUCUUAUGACUACACAUUCUUUCUUUAUCAAUGGGCAUUUGCCAUAGCUGUUGCUGGUAUCACCAGUGGCUCCAUAGCUGAACGUACACAGUUCACUUCAUAUCUUGUUUUCUCUUUCUUCUUGUCUGGGUUUGUUUACCCAAUUGUGGCCCACUGGGUUUGGUCCUCUAGCGGUUGGCUCAACCAUGGCUCUAGUGGGUUGUUUGGGUCAGGUGCAAUUGACUUUGCAGGAAGUGGGGUGGUUCACUUAGUGGGUGGGAUUGCUGGGCUAUGGGGCUCCUUCAUAGAAGGCCCAAGGGUGGGCCGCUUCGAUGCAUUUGGUAAGCCCGUCGCAAUGCGAGGCCACAGCGCAGCUUUAGUGGUGCUUGGGACAUUCUUGUUGUGGUUUGGCUGGUUUGGGUUUAAUCCAGGCUCGUUUGAUAAAAUUCUAGUGUCUUAUCCUAACGCCACUGAUCAAGGUAACUGGACCGCUAUAGGCCGGACGGCGGUCACCACCGCACUGUCUGGGUCAACUGCCGGAAUCGUAACCCUGUUCAGCCGGAGGCUUCUAGUGGGCCACUGGAAUGCUUUAGAUGUUUGUAAUGGAGUGCUUGGUGGUUUUGUUGCAAUUACAUCAGGCUGUUCGGUGGUUGAGCCAUGGGCUGCUAUCAUAUGUGGGUUCAUUGCAGCUUGGGUUUUGAUUGGACUCAACAUCUUAGCACUAAAGUUGAAUUUUGAUGACCCUUUAGAGGCCACUCAAUUGCAUGGUGGAUGUGGAGCUUGGGGUUUGAUUUUUACGGGGCUAUUUGCCAAAGAGGAGUUCGUUAUUCAGGCCUAUGGCCCAGGUGUAUCUGGGGUGGCACGACCCUAUGGACUCUUUCUGAGUGGGGGGUGGGGUCUGCUAGGAGCGCAAGUGGUUGAGCUUUUGGCUAUUGUGGGUUGGGUUAGUGUCACAAUGGGACCCCUUUUCUAUACUCUUCACAAACUCAGGAUUUUGAGGAUAUCCGUUGAUGAUGAAAUUGCAGGACUUGAUAUCUCCAGCCAUGGAGGCUAUGCCUACACUACUCAUCAAGAAGACACAGGGCCUCGUUUUUAUAGCGAGUAUGUGCGGAUACAAAAUGAAUAA